ACUUUUCACUUCACUCUGCUUCCUUUGUCAGUUUAAAAAGCUGCAGUCUUUACCAUUUUUACCACAAAAAACAACCUUAGAAAAUCAAACCAUGUAUCUAUCUUUCUUUUCUUAGCCAUUGAAAACAGACACAAGACAACACAUAUGUAUUCAUUCAUUCGUUAAUUUUCACAAACUAUAUCUGUCUAUUGAUUUGCAUUUGUGUUUUUGUUCUGUCGCGCUCUCUUGAUGGACCUUGUCCCUUAUUCUGAUCCUAACUCUGCCACGGCCACCCCGCCGUGGUACGACAUGUUCCGAUCCGCUUCCCUUCGAAAGCCCUCCUCGGAUCCUGCGCCGCCGCCGCCGCCGAAUGCGGACCAAAAAGUCAACCCCUCAGGCGACUCUCAGGCGCGACUCGCCCUUUACAUAGCCAUGGCCCACGCCGGCCUCGCCUUCGCCAUUCUCAUCCUCUUCUCUCUCUACAAACUCCUGCAACAGUACCUCAAACCCCUUCAAUGGGCCAUCCUAUGCUCCAUUCCUCUCAGACUCAUUCACCAAGCCAUCGUUUCCUUUUGGUCUCACCCUCUCAAACUAGGCCUCCUCCACACUCUCCUCGCUCUUCCGCUCACCGUUUUCUCGCUCUUCCUUACAACCCUCGCUGAGAUUCGCCAAACUUCUCUCACAAUCCUUCUCCGGAAACCAAAGCCCCAGAACGAGGAGUCAAAGAAGCUUAGUGCGUUUUCCACUUUGCUUCGUCUGCUCUUUUCUUUUGGGGUCUUUGUUUUUGCUUAUGAGAGGCUCGGUGCUGUUGGGUCGUUGUCACUUCUCGGAUUAGGCUUCGUUUUCAGUUCCAAGAAUGUGGCUUUCAGUUUCUCUCCCUUUGGUGCGUCUUUCACCAGAGUUAUAUUGAGGAGGUUGAAAACCGUGGUGGCUGUUGGGUUGAUUGUCGGCAUGAUUGUCGGGUUCUUGACAGGGGUAAUUUUCUUCUCUUAUAAGAUUGGCGGUGAAGGGAAGGAGGCAGUGAUUUCGCUGAAAUUGAGAGUGGAAGAGAACAACUAUGCUGAGAGAAUCGGUGUGAAGAAGUGGAUUGAGGACAAUGAUAUUGCUGGAAUGGUGGAUAAGUACUCUACUCAGUUUUAUGAGACGGUUUCUGAUCAGAUUGAUGGAUUGGCAGCGCAGUACAAUAUGACUGAAUUUGUGACUGUUGUUAAGCAGUUUGUGAUAACUGCUCCUGCUAGUGCUAACUCUUCUCAGCCUUCAAUGGAUUCAUUAGUGGUGGUUUCACCGCUCGCUGAAAGGAUCUUGAAUUUGAAGGGUAUGGUUAGGAAAAGGGAGUGGGGGGGAAUUUAUGCAGAAGUCAACACCCUUUUCCGAGAGCUUAUAAUCACUAGGGAAGAUUUGGUUGAGAGGGCAAAAGGGUAUGCAGUUAAAGGGAUGGAUGUUGGUCAACGUGUUUUGGCUAGUGGUACAAGUGUGCUUGGAAGCGGUGCAAAGUUUGUGCUUUCCAUUUUGAAUUCCAUAGUCUCUGGUGCUGCGGAGGUAUUCAAUUUUGUGUCUCAGACGAUGGUUUUUUUCUGGGUUUUGUAUUACCUCAUAACAUCAGAGUCGGGUGGGGUAACAGAACAAAUGAUGCACAUGUUUCCAAUUUCAAACUCGGCUAAGGUAAGAUGCGUUGAAGUGUUGAAUAGGGCAAUUUCAGGAGUCCUUUUGGCCACUCCUGAGAUUGCAUUCUUCCAAGGAUGCCUGACUUGGCUUUUGUUUAGGCUAUACAGAAUACAUUUCUUGUAUAUGUCAACUGUGCUUGCCUUUAUUAGCCCUUUGAUUCCGAUAUUACCGUCUUGGCUUGCAACAAUUCCAGCAGCACUACAGCUGGUGCUAGAAGGAAGAUACAUAGUGGCCAUUUUCUUGUCUGUUGCUCACCUUUUCCUCAUGGAUUAUGGGGCAACUGAGAUUCUGGAAGAUGUGCCCGGACAAAGUGUUUAUCUUACUGGAAUGAGCAUCAUUGGGGGAAUUGCUUUGUUUCCAUCUGCUGUAGAGGGGGCUAUUAUGGGGCCAUUAAUAACUACAGUCAUGAUUGCUCUGAAGGAUUUAUAUGCUGAAUUUGUCUUGGGGGAGCGUGAUGACAAGGUGAAGCAGAAGGAAAAUUAGGAAUAUAUUUGUUUCUGUGACUGUAUAUAUUUGCAGUUGGAGAUGGCUGCUAGUACAUUGUUUGUUGUUCUAUGCCAUUCUAGCAGUGGAGCUUGUGUCUAAGCUCGUCAUUUGUUUGUAAUUAUUCUUUUAUCUAUAUCAUUUCAUUAUUGUAAUUGACCAGAUAGGACUUUGUUUUCCUCUUUUUUUUCCUUCAUUUAGGGGUCAAAGAUUUUCACUUGGUGACAGUGCUCAAUGGUUGUAAUAGUUCUGUGUUGUAUCUCUGAAAGAAUUUUUCAGAUUCUUUAUACCAAGGAGAAAUGUGAAAUAAAGAAGAAAAAAAAACCACAGAAGUUUCUUCUGUACAAA